AUGGCCACUCCGACGAACUGGCCAGACGAUGCGGUGAGACAGCUGCACCAACUCGAGCGAAAGAACGGCGAGCUCCUCGCUCGAUUGAUGAGAGUUCAGGGUGAAGCGGACCAAAUAACAGACAUUGAGAUACAGGAGGGCUUUGCGAAGCUCCGAGAAAGCAUCUUUGGCUGGAUACAAGCUAUUCAUCGUCAUCUCGGGGAAGCUCAGCGUGGAUGGCACCCCAAAGACGUGCUGCUCCGUCAAGUGCAGCGGGACGAAUCUCUGGGAAACGUCAAAUAUAUAAAAUGGCUGGUGGAUUACAACAGUUCGACGGCCGUUCGCGUUGUCCUAGCCAGGGCCAUAUGGCGACACUUGAACGAGAACAUCUUCAAGGCCGAAGAGCACAAUGCACAGCAGAUGUGGAUUCCAAUUGGCAUGACUGAAAACGCCCAAUCUCUCUUUGAGGACAUUUUCAAGAGCCUCAAGGCUAACGGGGAUAAAGACGAUGCGGCUAACAGAUGGAGGUCGACAACAAUGACGGGCCUCAGCGGAACCGAACGAGCUCAAGAGCUUAGAAGCUAUCACACUGAACAGGCGUUCGAUGGGAUAACGCAUUCCCUGGGCAGCCACUUGGACAUCCCCAAUGUGGCAUCUACCCUGGCGGAGUUCCUACCAAAGCUCCAACAGAGCAUUAUUGAGCCUGCGGCGGAUUUAUAUCAACGAAUUUCGUGCUCGCGGCACCAGUACUCCCUCGAGGCGCCGGUCACACAGCCCGGCCAACGUCUCGAGGAGUCUAACUUGUCAGAAUGGCAUUUGAAAAACACCAAGGACUGGGUUGAUGUGUCCAGCGAGGACGAUGCACAUGGCGUGCUCAGCCUCCUCUUCCCCGGCCUUCGUCGUCACACUACUUGCAAUGGAGCAGGUCUUGCGGUCGUCAGGCCGCGCCGCGUCUGCGGCAACAAGAAGGAUUCGGAUAUUGCGCGCAUCGAAGAGGUCGACCCGCUGCUCAGGGCCGUGACAGAGAUUGACCAAGAUACGCCCUCCGUUGCGGCUGAGCUGGCCCGAAUCCGGCGCGGCGCUGAUGAUGCCUCGUCCUUAGGUGCCCUACACCCCAUUCCCAUCCUCCUCAAGGGGACUAUGGCCACAGAAUACGGCAUGAAGACGACUGCCGUCUCGUAUAUGCUCCUGGGCGUAUGGCCCAAGCGGGGCACUACUGUUGCUGCGCAAGGCUGGCACCAUCAUCCUCGGAAGGGCCAACAUGUCGGACUGGAGUAG